UCGUGUUGCCCUACGUUUCCAUGAUGCACGGUGUUAUUGUGGUUUGUGUCUUGUUUUGGACGUAUCGGAGUGUCUGAGUGUUGUUUAGUUUAGUUUUAGUGAUAUAUCUGUACCAUGAUGCCGGGGGUGAACCAGUCAGGAGCCGCAGGAAUCGCCUCAGAAGCUUCUUCUGGCACUUGUCAAAACUGCACUGUUUUAAAUCAGAGCCUGGAUGAGUAUGUGGCAGCUUUAUUGGCAUUGAAACAGAAGAUCAUAGACACAGACCUUCUGUUGUCCGAGUAUAAAGAGAAGUGUGAUGAGCUGCAGAAAUCUCAAAGAGAGAGCGCUAAGCUGCACAAAGAGCUGGACGACGUGCUGCUGAAACUCGGCCCAUUAGAGAGGCAGACUGUAGAGUACGAGGUGGUCAGAGCUGAGCUGGAGGAGACCAAGGCUGCCUUGAAAGUGUUUCAGGAGAAAUCAGAGGAAGUGGAGCGUUUGAGAGAAGAGAACGUUAAGGCACUCGCAACGAACUCAAAGCUUGAGGAAGCUAUCAAGAAGUCAGAAGACACCACGCACACACACGCUGUAGAAAAUACUCGGCUGAAGUCAGAGAAGAAAAUGUUAGAAAGCGACCUGCAGAGAACUUUGGAGUCUCUGAGGCUGAAUGAACAGACAGUGGAGGAGGUGGAGAACCUGAAGCUGCAGAAUGCAAAGGCACUUAUUCUAAAAAGCAAUCUUGAAAAUCAACUGUUGGUACUUGAAGACACGAACCUCAAGCAAUCUCAUACGGUCCGAGACCUGGAGAGCAAAAACUGUGACCUCGAAAAAAGCAUGAGAUUAACAGAGGAAAAACUUUUAACUUUGGAAAAAAUGUUAAACAAAGAGACGAGGUGUUCGUCUACACAAACUGAGGACCAACCCAAAGUUAACAAAGCUAAAAUCUGGAGCCUUCUUCAGGAAGUCUGGCAUUGUGUGGACCCUCUGUCCAAAACCCCAGAACAUUUGGACUUAAACGACAAUCAGCACUUAAUGUUCAGACCUUCAGGAUCUCCUCCUUGUCCGUUACCAACCGGUCCGUUUAGAAAUUCAGCGCCUCAGUCAACAGUCUCGAGUCCAAAAGGAGCUAAAGCGUCUCCUGAAAAGAGCAAACCCGAGUCUACGUUAGCAGAUACAUGCAGUCCGGGUCAAGAGCAGAAGAUCAAGAAAACAGGCAGGAAGAAGAAAAGAAGUUUGGAGUCUGUGGAUGGAGAUAAAAGCUGUGUAAAGACUGAUGAAGUCAGUGAUUUGUCACUAAAUAAAGAUGGUCCUGAUGAUCACUUGUUACAGGAAGGAAACUGCAGUAAAACCCUUGACAUCUGGGAGAUCCUCAGCCUCUCUUGUCCUUUACCUGCUGCUCUAUCUCCUCUGCCUCCUGAUGACUCGACCGAGAUGGAGAUCGAUUCGAGUCAGAAAGAACGUUCAAUUUCAGAAGCUGAAGAUGGCAAAACAUCACAGUCCACAGACCCAAAACCUUCGAAGGAUCGUGUAGAAGUUUCAUCUGUGUGUUUGUCUCCAGGGGAACAACAGAGUAUAAUGACAUCAUCAAUCUCUCCUGAUACUGAGAACAUCAGCCCUCAGAACGUUCUGACAGAGAGCCAAGAGAUGCAAGAAGAAAACAUGUGCAAGAGCUCUGAAGGUUCAGCUUCCACACUUGCAACAGCAGGUUUACAUCCUGAAACCGAGGAGGAGCAGAUUAACGUAAACCAAGCCACAGCAGAAUCCAGGCUGGACACCAAGGAAGAACAUACAAAUCAGAUUAUCACUACACAGCAGUGUAAUGCAGACCAUGAAGAACCCAAAGUGUGCUGUAAUGACGGAGUCAGAGAAGAUUCAGAGUCGUCACAGCAGGUAAUCAUCUCUGAGAUGUGCUGUGGUGAACGAGACGGUGAAUCCUGUAGUAAGAUGAACGGUGUUACAUCUGAAGAGUCCUCAGACGAUGAGGAGUUCUUGGGUCUGAAGAGGAAGGUCAGAGGGAUCGGCUCGAGACCAGCGGAUUUAGACAACGUUACUUCAAACAAAAAGCAAGAAUCUUUAGUUCAAGUUGAAGGAACUAACUGUGAACCCAAAGAAGAUCAUCUUCAACCAGAGAAUGAGAAAGAUGAUGAAUCUUUACAAGACAUUCCAAUAAAUAUGUGUGAACCUGUAGCUCUCGAAGACGACGUGGAGUUCGACGCCGAGCAAGAGACAGGACUAAGAACGAAUAUCCAUGAACCUGAGGACUGUGACGACUCUUUACCAAUUCCUGAUGAACACAGUGAACGAGAAGAAGAUGAAUCUUUUUGCCCCAACAAUGAAAAGAUGGAUGGAGGACUGAAAGAAGAUGGUGCUGUAUCUAAAGUCCCAAGUGUUAAAUCUCAAUAUAUUUGUCCUGAAUCUUCAGUAAAUACCCCUGAACCGUCAGAUAAAAGUCUGAAUCUGUCUCUCACAGUUGUGGCCUUCAGAAACACACUUACCUCAACUCAGUCUCCAGAAUCUAUUGGAAAGGUUCUAACAGAGAUGGGUCCUCCUCUACCUCCAGUUGUUUUACCGCUCACUGCAACUCCUCCAAAAUUUAAGAAGCACCUUACACCAAAUAGACCCUCCAUCCAGUUGCCUACCUGGUCAUCAACAGAAGGGCCGUUUUCUCUCAAGCAAAAUUCGAACGUAUCAUCUCCAGAUCUUGGCCUUCAAGAUGAAGUAAAGGCAUCACUUUCUUUAACUACCCCUUCACCAUCACAAGCAGUUCCGUCUUCCCCUUUGCAGUUUGGAUCAGCGACUCCCAAGCAUGCACUUCCUGUCCCAGGUAGACUGCCGUCGUCUGCGUUAAACUCCCCUUCGUCUUCCGCGUCACAGGAGAACUCCAUGCAGAUCCUGGACACCAUGUAUCCAGAGCUUUCAGCCCAAGCGAGGACUCUAAAUAUUCUACGGGGGAAUGUCAACCUCGGAAGGGCUGCAAAUGAAAGCGAGGCGUCGCCACCUGCUGUGAAUCCAAUUUCAGGGAAUAAAACCAUCAACUCCUCGUCCACGGCUUUCACCAAGACAGAACAAAAAGCAAAAAGAACUGGUGUAAAUGUGUUAGUACCCAAAAGUGCCAAAAGGCUUCGACUUGAUACAUGUUCACCUGAUCCUGUAAGUCUCAGUCCUCCAGUGCAACACGUUAGUGACGCUGACCAGAGUAACGGUGUGGCGUCGCCCAUCUCCUGUCCGACUGCUGGUCCAUCGAGCAACGGUCAAACAGCAAGAACACAAGACGACCCUGUAAACGUGGUCACUGAUACACAGUCCCUCAUCGCCGGUGCCUUCCAAAAACUCAGUAGUCUUAGUUUUGACGUGUUGCCUGUAAUCCGGAGUCACGUGUUUGUUGGAAGGAUAUCUGAAGUUCCCGUCCUAAGGGAUGAAGAAAAGUGCGUCAUUUCUGAUUUUUGUCUGAAUCGGUCCGCAGCAGAGGAGUUUAUGUUGGCCAUUUUGUCAAAGAUCAAGGUGGAGAGGGCUGUAAUGAAGCACGACAUCCUGCAGUCUCUCUGUAGGGUCUACGUCGGCUUGUGUCGAUGGACAGGAGACUGUCAGAAAGCUCAUGCUCUCGCCUACAGUCUUCUAAAAGAAGACUUCCCUGAAGCCUCCAAGCUGGUUUUAUUCAUGGUGACGACAUGGCCAACUGUUCUGUCCCACGACAGCAUCUUGGGCCGAGCCAUUAACGUAGUAAGCAAGCUGAAAGCAGAUGAAGAGAUACUAGACUACCUCAGCAAGUAUCUGCACUGGGAGGAGAGGCCUCCAGGUGACAUCCACGAAAUGAUCACCACCAUACUGAAGGCUUUUCACGAGGAUGACACGUUGAUGUUCCAGACGCACGAUCGUCAUGGUUACGACCUCUGCCCUGCCGCCUGGGAUUACAUCUGCAGCCUGGAUCUACUGUGUGCACAUCUGGGCUGGAAAUGGACCCAUGACAAUAUUAUAGGAAAAGAACUUUGGCCGGUCUUGAACGCCUGGGUGACACAACCAAGACCUCAGCAAACACCAGUGCGAGAUAUUUGUGUAGCAGCAGUCUUAAGGCUGAUCGGACGACUCGGGCAACUGGGACUGAAGGAGAAACUGUGUACGUCAGUUCAAAAUGUUGCAAAAGCCAUCAACCUGUUUGGGAAACAUGGAAUAUCAGAAGGAGUUCCGUGGGAGGUGCAGCUUUCUGCAGUCUACGCCAUUUAUGAUCUGGCGCCCAGCAACCCCAAAGACGCUCUGGAGGCUUUGGCAUCAUGGCGGGGAGAAAUCACACGACCGGUUCCCCCAGCCGUCACCAGCUGCAUCACACAGAUCGGCUCCAUAUGUCGUCAGAUCAAACCAUAGGAUCACAAUGUGUACAGCAUUACCUGUAUUUUUAUUUGCACUUUUGUCUUUUUUCAUGUCUCUGUCAUAAAACAGAGUACUGUUGACUUCAUGCCGCAGGUCAUUAAUGGUGCUCAUUCUUGUACAUUCUGUAUCUAGAUCUGUUGUUAAAUGUAACAUUUGUCUACCUAAAGAAAGAAAGUAUAUCUUUGAAUAUGAAUUUAAAUAAUAUAUUGGAUGUUGUUUUUGUUUUUUUUUGCUGUAAAUUGACACUUAAAAAAAAUAUUUUCUAUUUAAAAGCACUUCUUGUAAA